UUUUUGUUCGUGUUCGUCGAUUUACAUUGUUUUCUUUCGUCGUGAAACUGAAUUGCAUCGCGUAAAGAGCCAUCCCGCGUCGCGUUAAAGAAUACACGAGGUGCUUCCUUCUUCUAUAUUAUGUGUUGAACCUGUGAACCAUUUGUAUCUUUGUGUUUUACUCUGUCGACUGUUUAACUGAAAAAAGUGUGCUCGUCUUUGUGCAGUUAUCCUGUUUCGUUAAGGGACAGGAAUUCGAACGGACGAACUGGACAACGUCGAAAACAAUUGCAGCGGCAUUUCCAGUCUCGCUUUCAAGAUAUUCGGGGCACGGCAACACGAACCACAUCUAUCAUGUCGGUUCCUAUUUAAGACCAGCAGGAUGUCGACGAGCACCGCCACCAGCGGCGGGGGCGGCGGCGGGGGAGGUGGAGGGGGAGUCGGAGGUGCCUUGACACUGAUGAGCUGCGUCAGAGAGGCAUCGCCUCCUCCACAGAUCCAUUAUCAUCAUCAGCACCAACAGCACCACCAGCUCCAUCGAAGCCUCGGCCUCGGAGAGUUCUCCGCGCAGAACAGCGUCGAUCCGCUUCCAAAAGAGCCGAAGAAGCGGCGCUUUCAUCCACUUCGCGGCCUACGGAAGAUCUUUCGACGAAAGAGUCGAGGCGCUGCGGAUGUCAGACAGGUCUCCAGCCACGUGGACAAGGAUGCAGACAUCGUACGAUUGCCGCGGGAGGACAUCACCGAUCGACAUCCCGCAGGACGUCCCGAGGAAGCUCGCAGUCGAAGCGCCAGCGAGCUCCUCACCGACUCCUGCGAUCGGGAAAGCGUGUUCCUUAGGAGGACUGGCAUGGAAGAGUCGUUCGUGAAGCUGCGAGGAGGAGCCGGGAAAUUGUCCGUGUCGCACGACAGCGUUUUCCCCGGGGAGGUUCCUCACACUCGGCCUCUCUCGUCGUUGGCAAGCCUGGCAACCCUCGAGCGGAGACAGACGAGAAAAAGCAACGAGAUCGAGUACAAGGAGUACAAUCAACACGUUGUUCAGAGGCGCAGGAUAUCGCUUCGGGUGCUCGAGCAAAUAAAGACGGUCAUAGAGAACCGGAACCAACUGGCCGCUGCGACCUCGUCGGAUACCACGAACACCGUGCACAACCGUUUCUUCGGCUUUGAGAAGCAGGAGAGGGGCGGGGAGGAGAACCAAGCGAAGGAUAAGGCGGUGGAUCGGUCGAUGGGGUCCGUUAGGCCUCCGUGCAGGAUCGAGGAUCGACCACGCUUCAAGCCGGAAGCGAGACAGAGGAUCCCGCCGGUCAUCAAAGAGGCUGCUCCACGGAUCGAGGAGACCGAGAAGAUCGAGAACUCAACGUCGUCGAAGGACGCGAUCGAUCGAGUUAUACCUGUGGCCAAAGAAGACUUACCGGAAUUAGAGAGCGCUAGCUUGAACCAUACAGCGGCCCAUCACCGAAUCUCGGUGAGGCCAAAGAACCGGAGGCCACCGAGACGCACAACUUCGCAGACGGCGAACACGUCCGUGUCGACGAUUACGACCAUCGCGGAGGACUCGUUGGAUAGUUUGGAACCACAUCCGGUCACCGUGAGCAGCGCCGCGUCGUCGCCUACAGAGCCUAAGAAUAUAACAGUCGCGAGGAAAUCGUCGAGUCGGUUAUCGCGCACGUCGGACAUCUUCGAGGAGCUGGAGUCGAAACUGCCGAGGAAACCGUCGAGCAGCGUGGCCUCCUUAUCUCCGGACAGCCUGGACGCCAUGAACGCGUCGAGGACGAGCGUGGAGACGAACGAGGAUCAGGAGGCUAGGCCAAUCGUCAGGAAAUCCUCGAAUCGGACGACCAAGAGUUCGGAAAUGUUCGAGGAGCUGGAGUCGAAGUUACCUCGCAGGAGAUCCUCCAACCGAUUGUCGAAAUCUCCGGACAGCCUCGAGGUGACGUCCUGCUGGUUCUCCAAGUCCACCGAGGGCUUCGACAAGCUGAUGGAGUACGAGGAAUCGAAGCCAGUCGUACGAAGGUUGCUCAACCCGAUCUCGAAGUCGUCGGAUCGCGUAUCGAAAUCCUCCGACAGCCUGGAGGCCAUCGAGGCGUUGACCAGCGACGAGUCCAUCGAGCGUAGAAGAAGCAGCUUCGAGUUCCGCGGGCGCAGAACGUCCAAAAAUAUCUCCAAGUCCUCGGAGAACUUCGAGGCCCUGGAGCAAGCUCAGGCCAACACGGACACCAUCGUGCAAGAGCUGCAGAAACGUAGCAGCAUCUCGGACAUCAACCUGUCCAGGGGGAGGCGAUUGUCGAAGAGCAUCUCGAAAUCGUCGGAGAGCUUCGAGAGGAUCGAGAUCGGCGAAACGAAGGACACGGAGGAGGACAGAGACAGCUUGGGUAAAUGCUGCAGGAGAUCGUCCAAGAGGAUGUCCUUCGAGAGCUCGGACAAUUUGGAGCUGGACGACCGAUUGGAGAACAGAAGGAUCAGGAGGACACCCAAGAGAAUACCGAGCACCAGUUUCGUGGACAUCGUGCCCGCGGACGAUCAAGAGGAGGAGAAGAGACCGAUGCCGGUCAGGAAGUCGUCCAGGCUGCAAAAAUCCUCCGAGAGCUCGGAACUUGGCAGCACGGACACCCUGGACUCUGAGAGAAGGAACAAAUCCUCCGAGAGUACGGAGACCCUUGACAGUUUGGAGAGAGACUUGGACCAGGACAGGAAGCAAGAGGAACUCGCGGACGGUGUUAUGGACAAACGCGAAAAGAACGACUCUUGGACCAACAAGAAUAUACUGUCGACCGACUCGGAAGAAAUCUCUGUUGCCGACGGAUCCGAGGACUCGAAGUCGCUGAUCUCGCCGGACAAGUUCUAUUGGCGACAGUCGUCCGAGUCGAAGGAGAACAUCGACAUCCACCAGCUUCUAGCCAUCACGAUAGUUACCAGAAUGACCGACAAUGGGAACAACCAACGAAGCUCUGUGAUUUAUCCGAAAAAGAAGCAGCAGAUGACCGGCUCGCAGCCCACUUCGCCGGUCGCCAAGCAGGAAGAUAACAAGAUGAUCUUCGACAAUCUCCUCGUCAGCAAAAACGACGAAGACCUGCAGAAUAUGCUUAACGGGAAUAUAUCGGAGGUGUCCACCGACACUAAGAGCUUCAAGGAGAAGCUGAUCAUGUUCGAGAAACUUGGGAAGUGAGCUGUACGUUGAGCGAGGUACGCGCUCGCGCAUGCGCGUCAAUUAUACGCAAAACAAACCGCCACACACGCUCGUUUUAACCGAUCCUUUCGGUUAUCGAGACACGCUUAUGAACGAUCGAAUUUGAGAGGAAGAAACCGAAAGAAAACGGGACGAAAUUGUACGAAAAUAUCGAUCUUCUGUUUAAACACCGAAACGACACAACGCCUUUAUUCAGCGAACUAUUUUAUAUACAUUUUAUUUAUAGAUGAGAACAAGCUGGGGGUGAUGAAGACACAAAGAUCGAAACUGUUCGUCUGGUCAAGAGGAGACAAUAACGUAAUUUUCUGAAACUUUUUUAUAAUAUUUUUUUCACGCGAAAUUUGUUCGUUUCAUCGUCGUAAGAUAAAAAGCGUGAGAAGGAUAUCGAUAUUGCGAGAAGGUUUUUGAGUUCGUAACCGGUUAUAAACCGUUACGUUGUAAUUAGUUAUCGAGAAUCGUAAUUUUAUUUAAUUUCUUCCAUUGCCGUAUUUGUUUCUUUUUGUUUGUAACAAAAGUCGCGUAGAACGAGAGAUCACCGGAUCUUAUCCGGAUCCAGUAUUAGAUAAAAACAGUUUGCGAGCGUUGUCGUCGCGCUUACAUGAAUUCUUCUAGCGUAGGAGCGUAGGCGUUUCGUGAAACUUGUUGUACAGUAGUUUAGGGGCGCGUGUAAAUGUGUUUCAUUCCAUUGUGUAAAUAUACAAAGUGGACCCCCGUUUGCAGAGUUAAACACGACCGUGGACGAGAGAAAUUAUCAAAGAAAGAGGCACGAAUUAUAUCGUUCGAUGUCCAUGAAACGAACACAGGGUACGUUACAAAUUAAAAAAAACGUUGUUCGAAAUCGAUCAUAUCUAGAGACCUUUGAGGUUAUCUUUGGAAAGCGUCGACUUUCCGUUGCCGAUUCGCUACUUCCUGUUCAUCGACGUUCGCGACACGCGAAAUCGACAGAGAAACUCCACUAUCCAUUGUUCGAAAACUACGUAAAACGUUUCUUGUUUAUUUUCACGAAUAUACACGAUACGUACGAGUCGGUUACGCUCGAAAACGUCGGAGGCAGCCUAAUCUAAGCCGGGUGCCCUUUUGUAACAUUAUCAUCGAACCUUUGAUACAAAGCGAACGCGUAAAUAACGAACACAAAGGGAUACUCGCUUACGUCCGUGAAGCAUCCGACAUUUUCAACCACGAAAAAGCCGAGCUCUUUUGAUUUUUCAACACGAAUGUUCGAGGCGAUACAUUCCAUGUUGAGAUCGAACGAAUUGUGGAGCUCUUCGUUGUUGUUAGUUGAAGGGAGAAAGCAGGAUCAUCAUAGGGUGGAAAAAGACUAUAGAGCGUGUCGUCUCUGUCACGCGUUAACCUCGUGGCAGACGAGAUACUUCUUUUCAGUCUUUUAAGUGCCUUAACGAAGUAAUGAGAAUGUAAUCGACUGGAUGUAAUGCUGAAUAAGCAGCUCAGAAACGUAAUAUCACCUCUAUCCCUCCCCCACCUUUACUUUUUUUUUUAGUUCUCUAGUUGAUUGUAAACGUCUCAGAACUCCAAAAGAUACCGUGUAGAUCGUUAGAUUAAAAGAGAUAAAUAGAGAACCGAGUUAACCGUCGCUAUAACGUUGUAAGAACUCGCAUAAUUGAGAAGAUAUAUAUAUAUAUACAAAUAUAUAUAUAUAUAUAUAUAUACAUAUGUAUGUAUGUCCUGUAUCACACGUAAUACAGGAAGAGCAAAUCGCCCGUUAUUAAUGUAAAUAAAGCUGCCAUCGUGAAUUACAGUUCGACAACAGAUUUUUCUUUCUCUUUAUUGAACCCGCAUACCAACACACCAGUACACCCGGCGCAUCUUUAAACAGUUACAAAAUAACCUUCGCUGAUUGAUGAUCGACAGUAUUAAUACAAACGUCUUCUACGUUACACACACAUACACAUAUGUGCGCGCACGCAGACGGUAUUUAAAUAUUCGAAAAAAAGAAAUGCUUCCUUCAACAGGAUUUCUAUCAACACGCGUAGGAUCACGUAGAUCGAUCGUGUCGUUCGAGAUUGCUUCAUAAAAAUUUGCUUGGUACAAAAAGAUCAGGAAUGUAUAUAACGGUGACACCAAUAUCGGCAAUGACGGCGUAACAACGAUUUUUAAUGCACGUAUCACGGAUAUUAAAUUGUCUUUCAACGAUCUUCCCUACUGUUUCGAAGCAAACGACGAGUUCGUCGCUAACUGUUGCCAACGUGUUAUCAGCGGCGAAUUCCAUUUGCUUGUUUACUCCAAGGACGAAUAACCGAUCGCAGUACGUCGUCCGAUGGAAACUCUGUCUUUAUGUAACGCGCAAGGUAUGGGCCAGGCUCUCGCCGAGGCUUUAUCGGUUGUGCUUAUCGUCGACGGUAAAACAAACAUGACGUUAAUCUCGACCAUACAACUCCUUAAAUUAACCGUAACGUGUGUUAAGCGCUCGCGAAAUCUUACAAUUUUAUCUUAAGAAUUAAAUGUCUACCGUGUGAAAUUUCUUUGUCGUGCAUUGCGUUACGAUCGAACGAGGUGCAGCAGUGGCACGCGGAAAGUAUUAGAAAGCUUGAAAUGAA